AUGAAUUUAGCUUUAGGUGAUUAUUUGAAUACCUUUUUAACCAUCUAUGUAGACGAUCUAUUGAUUACUUCAUGUAAUUUUGAGGAACAUUUAGAGCAUUUGCAAUUGUUGUUUGAAAGAUUAAAGGAGUACAAUUUACGGUUAAAAUUUGGUAAAUCAUUGUUUUGUAGAGACGAAGUUCCUUACUUGGGAGUAAUCUUGUCGCAAGAAGGAAUUCGACCAGAUCCGGAAAAAAUUAAAGUCAUUCAGGAAAUUCCGGAGCCAAGAAAUAGAUUGCAAUUGCAAAAGUUUGUAGGAGUAUGUAAUUACUACAGACGAUUUAGUGAAAAACAUGCUAAAUUAAUACAUCCAUUUAGGGACCUAUUAAGUAUAAAGAAUGAAUGGAAAUGGACAGAAGAUCAUAAGAAGGCAUUUGAGCAGAUAAAACAAAGUUUUUUAAAUUAUGUAUAUUUAAAGCAUUAUAUACAGGACAGACCGUUCUAUGUACAAACAGACGCGAGUGAUCAGGGGAUAUGCGGCGUAUUAUUUCAGAAAGACGAAAAUGAUGAUGAACGUAUUGUUUCACUCGCAAGCCGAACACUGACACAAUGCGAAAUGCACUAUACCACAACAGAAAAAGAACUAUUAGCUAUUACAUAUGCAAUAAACAAAUUCCGAACAUAUCUAUUUGGAGUAAAGUUCUUCGUUGUAACGGACCAUAAGGCUUUGGUAUUCUUAUUGUCAACAUCGUAUUAUAGUUCAAGGUUAACGCGGUGGAGUCUGUUUUUGCAGCAAUAUAAUUUUACUAUUCUCCACUGUGCGGGCACGGAAAAUAUAAUAGCGGAUUACUUUAGUAGGCAUUUUAAGAAUCAGGUGGAGACAAAACAAAACGAGUUUUUCAUAUUAGGAAUACAUGAAGUAAUAACAGAGCGAAAAUAUGAAGUAAGAUGUUUAUUUGCAGAAAAGCCAAUAAAUAGGGAAAUACGCGAUAUUGGUAGAAUGCAACAAAAAGACAAACGCGGGAAAUAUAAUAACGUAAGAAUGGAAGGACCCUACCAAUCUAUAAUACCAAAUAAGCCGAAUGAAAUUAUAAGUGUCGAUUUUUAUGGUCCGUUACCACAAUCACGGGGAGGGGUGCAGUAUUUGCUGGUGGUCAUAGAUAUAUUCUCGAAAUACGUGUCUCUUUACCCAAUCAAGAAAGCGACAACAAAGAUAACAUUAAAUAAAAUAAUAAAUGAUUAUUUUCAAAGAGUAGCGAAGCCAGAGGCUAUAUUGUCAGACAAUGGCACUCAAUUUACAUCUAAAAAAUGGAGGGAAAGUUUGGGAAAAGAGAACGUACGAGUAAUUUUUUCGUCGGUUAGGCACCCGCAAUCUAAUCCGGUUGAGCGUACGAUGCGUGAGUUGGGCCGAUUUUUUAGGACCUUCUGUGCAGAACAACAUACGAAAUGGGCAAAAUAUGUAAAGGAAAUUGAAAAUAUUUUAAACCUCACGACUCAUAGUAGCACAGGGUAUAUACCAUAUGAAAUACAUUACGGGGAAAGCCCGCAGUAUAAAAUAAAACAGCUAGUGGACUUUCCGCCGGAUGAGAAAAGCGACAGCAUAAUAUGUGUGAAAGUCAAAGAAAAUUUAAUAAAAAGUGCAAAAAAUAGAAGGAAACAACAAAAAAGAUGUUCGAAAGUUCAAUUGGGAAUAAAUGAUUUAGUAUUAGUACGGAGAUCGGAAUUGUCCAGCGCACUCGAUAAAGUAACAAAAAAGUUUUUUCAAUUAUACGAAGGACCAUAUAAAGUAAAAAAAAUAAUACCACCAAAUGCAUACCAGCUUUGUAAUAUAGAAGAUAAAGAAAAAAUAAGAGGAACCUUUAACAAAGCGUUAUUGAAAAAGUAUUAUAACGAGACGGCAAAGAAGAGUAGCGUAAGAAAUGACGAAACAUAG